CAAAAGCAUACACUGCAAGCUGGGCCUCAACGCGUUUGAAGUUUCUUCCAUCCACAACAGCCCAGCUGGUCUUCGCUUUCGUGCCAAUCGGCAUACAAAAGCUCUCGAAGCACAUAAUGACUUACGUAGAUAAACUUGCAUUAUUCGCAGACCGUCUCUCCUUGAGGAUCAUUUAGGGACUAACGCGCUGGUGUGCAGCAUUCAACGCGCAAUAGAGAGAUAAUAAAGAUUCUACGGCACCGCUGCUGGGAAGCGCGGCGAGCGAACCAGGUACUCAUCAAGAGCGAAGCUUGCGUUUGGCGGGCUACUUCCCCAGUGGCGUGCCGGUGGCGAGCGCUAGGCAGUUAUGGGGCAGCUGCUGACGGCGGCCAAUGUCAAGGCCCUGACAUAUGGCGCAAUGAAUGUCGUGUCGGCUUCAGGCAUCGUGUUUGCCAACAAGGCCGUGUUCCAGACGUACGGCUUCCACUUCACGUACGCGCUCACGUGGAUCCACACCGUGUUCACACUCGUGGGCAUGCGCGUGUUUGCGGCGGGCGGCAUGUUCCAGGUCAAGUCCAUUCCCCAGGCCCGGCUGGUGCCGCUGGCCGCCGCCUACGUGGCCUACAUCGUGCUGUGCAACCUCAGCCUCAAAGUCAACACCGUGGGCUUCUACCAGGUGAUGAAGAUCGCUGUGGCCCCCACCGUCAUCGCGCUGGAGCUGGUCAUGUUCCGCCGCGUGCCGCCCGCGCGCAUCGUGGCCAGCGUGAUGGUGGUGUGCAUGGGCAUUGGCGUGGCCACAGUCACUGACACACAGAUGGUGUCCAACCUGGUGGGCAUAGCGGUGGGCGUGGGCGCCACCCUCAUGACGGCGCUGUACCAGAUCUGGGCCGGAUCCAAACAGAAGGAGCUCAAGGCCUCCAGCAUGCAGCUGCUGCACGCCUACACGCCGCAGGCGACGCUGAUGCUGGGGCUGCUCAUACCCAUGUGCGAGCCCAUGGGCUGGCACACGAUACACAUGCCGGCGGCGCCGGGGGCCGACGCCGCCACCAUUGCCGCCGCCGCGGCGGCACCGCCCAUCCGGCCGCCCGGCUCUCUGCUGGCCUACCAGUACCAUACCGCGGCCGUCGCGGCCAUCAUCAUCUCGGCCAUUCUGGGCCUCUUAGUCAGCCUGUCCACCUUUUUGGUGAUCGGCGCCACCAGCAGCCUGACCUAUAACGUGGUGGGCCACCUCAAAACACUCAUUAUCCUGACCGGCGGUUGCAUGUUUUUUGGCGACACGAUGCCGCUCAAAAAGUUCAUCGGCGUGUGCAUUGCGAUGAUGGGCAUCAUCUGGUAUACGCAGCAAAAGCUGGCGUCAAGUAGUGGCGCUGCCGCCGCUGGCGCCGCUGCGAGCGGCGACCCGGCGGCUGCCGCCGCCGGGCCGCGGCCGCCGCUGCUGCCCAUCAGCAACAGUCCGGUGCCUGUGUCCGUCAAGUCCGUGUACACGGCAACGGCGGCGCGCAGCCGCGGCGCGGUGGCGGCAGCGGCGGGGGGCGGGGGCCCGAUGAUCAACGGGCGCCACCACGCGCACCGGUGAUGCGCGGUGGAGGAUGAGUUAGCCUUGGCGUUGGGUUUGGCCUCGGUUGUUGCUGAGGGCUUAGAACCGCCGGGCCGUGGGUUUGGGGCGGGUAAGUACGGUAAUGCGGAGCCUUCGUGGAUGUUUGCGAGACCAGGGUUGUGAGUUAAAUGUUUGAUCGGACCUGUGGACCUGCGCAAUCGCGACAUGAUUACGCCCGGUUUGGAUUGUGGGGUAUGAUGACCUAGAGUGAUUUGUAUGGCGGCGCUUGUCGCAGCGAACAUGUUUACAGAAGUGCUAUGAGAGCACGGCUUCACCCCCACGCAAUCCUGCACUGGGAUUUUGUCAGUGCAACGAAUUAUGUGAUGCAGGCUUUUUGAGAGGACUUGUUCGGGCGUAAAAACUGCACGGAGUCAUUGCAAGUGACAGGGCAGGGCAGGGACAGUCCGGCAAGGGACGUCGGUAUGGGGCACAGGCAGGAGUGCAUACGGUAGGCUGAUAGUCAGGACGCGGGUAGCAUUGAGGCGCGUGUGGCAGAGCCUAGCCGUUAGUUAGGCUGUCAGACUGAGGCGCACUGCAGGCGAGUGUCUGACGCAGACGCCAUCGGGAACACACGGACCAGGUAGUCCGCAGUCCAGGCGGUGCGGUCCCCGUGUCGGGCACAGCGCUUGGCUGUCCUUGUGCACUGGAGAGCGGAAGGGGGCGACUGUGCGUGGUCAUGGGGCAAAGCGAAUCAGCGGAUGCGAACAUGCUGAUCAACAGCUGGCUGCAAGGCUGGCUGCGGCGCCUGCGUGCGUGCAUGUUUUGGGAGUACGGUAGUGACAACACGAAUCGCUGAUGAGCAAGCCCAAGCCAUCAUCGACCU